GAUGUGGUGCAGAGCGUGCUGCAGUUGGAAGCCGCAGUCCAGCGGGACCCGACCAAUGCACGGGCGUGGUUCGAACUGGGCGUCAAGCAGCAGGAGAACGAGCGAGAGCAACAGGCAAUCCAGGCACUCCGCCGAGCGCUUGAGCUCGAGCCCUCGCACUUGCCAUCCUGGCUCGCGUUGGCCAUCUCCAGCACCAACGAGGGCGACCGCAUGGGUACCUUCGCGUCGGUGAAGGAAUGGGUUGACCGCAACGAGCGGUUCCAGGCGGCUGUGGCGGCGCACCGUGCUAGCGUGGGAGGCGUAGGCGCGGGUGCGGACACGUUCUCCGGACUGAUUGACUGUUUGAUUGCGAUGGCGCGGAGCGAGGCGAACGGCAGUGUGGAUGCGGACAUCCAGAUUGCGCUGGCGGUCCUGCUGAACACGAACGAGGAGUAUGCGAAAGCCCAAGAUUGUUUCCGUGCGGCGUUGGCUGUACGACCCGAGGAUUGGUUGCUUUAUAAUAGAGUAGGUGCGACAAUGGCCAACAGCGGUCAGGCCGAGGAGGCUAUCCUGUAUUACAACCGCGCGCUGGAGCUCAAUCCAGCGUACAUCAGGGCGAGGUUUAAUCUAGGUAUAUCUUAUAUCAAUCUGCAGCGAUACGAAGAAGCCGCAUCGCACAUCCUCGACGCGCUCGUGCUUCAGGAUAGCGACCGCGUUGGGGGCCCUGAUGACGGGAGAGGCAUCAUGUCGUCCGCGUUGUGGGACAGCCUGAAGACGACGAGCCUGCACAUGCAGCGCGCCGACCUCGCCGCGUUGUGCGAGCGACAGGACCUGGAAGGUACGUCGCGCGGCGCGCACAAUUUGGAGCACGAGCAAGAAGUUUAA